AUGAAUUCAAAAAGUGCACUUUAAAGUGUAAAACCAACCAACAUCAAGCAACUGUAAAUUUUAUAGUUGCUUGUUGAGAGAGUGUAUAUCCCAUUAGAAUCAAAAGUUGAAUUGCGAACCACUCUCUAAAAGUUUACUAGUCAAAUAGAACAUUCAAGUUAACAAGUAAUUAUUUAAAUAAAAAUUUCAGGUCUCAGGCACAAUUACUAUUGAACUGCCAGAUGUUGUUGAUUAAAUCGAUGAUGAAACUGCUCUAAAGAAUUAUGAACUAAUCGAAAAAUAUGAAGAUUAUAUAUGGAAAUGGUCAUAAACAAUCAGGAAAACUAUAUUGAAGGAAGCUAGCAGAAAAACUGAAAAAAAUUCUGCUCUAACAGAUAUUAUGUUAUAGAGAUCGAGAUCAGAAAAUUUGAGUACUUUAUAUUAAUAACUUGUAUUUGCAAUUUAUUAUUAAUAUUAGUAAAACCAAUUGUGGCAAAAGUUAGAUAGAGAUUAAUAAACGUAUUUAGAAGAUAAUUAAUCAUCUGUUCUUGAAUUUAAUUGUUAAUUUGCAGAAUUAACAAAAGGCUAAGCUGAUACAAAGGAUAAUGUUUAAUUUCUGAUAACUCUUGAAAGUUUGGAUUAUUUCUCGACAUUAUAAGGAAGCAGAUAAGACGUAGAACUUAUUACAAUUGAUUUCAGGAUUAAUGACUGAUAAAAGUAGAAUCUUAAUUAUUUACAUUAAG